CCAAAAAGCAGAUACUACUUACACCCCUAGCAAACGCAAUUGUUUUCUGCCCGUUGGAGAUUGGCGGUUAGAGACGUGUCGCCGGGGCACGGCAAAGAGACGCGCGCGCAAUUGUUUGGCUCACACUCCACCCACCUCCUUUUUCCUGCCUUUUCGACCGCAAAAGAGGCAAGCGAACAGAGGCAUAAUUCAAGCGCCUUUCAUUCCAUUGUGAGCAAAUGUACCGUGCCGUGCAGGCCGAGUCCCGCAUUUACACACUCCUACAAUUGUACACCUUGGUCUUUGAUACGCGGGCAGAACCGAUUGGGCACUGGUUCCAGCAUGGCACGAAUGUGAGGUUGGUACAAUCGAUGGUGGUCGAUGCUACAUUACAAUCGACCACACUCUUCGGUUUCCAACAGCUUACUAUACCCAGGCGAGAGAAAUACAUGGCUGCACAAUAGCUGCCACCAAGGCACGUUUUUGCUGUGGGCGUGCAAAGGACGGCUGCGCUAAGGGUUAAUGAACACGCCGUGGUGGCCCUGGAUUCAUGUAUCCUUUCUGGCCGCAAAAGAGCAAAUUAGCGUUUGCCGCAUUGA